AUGGGGCUUACGUUCACGAAGCUCUUCAGCCGGCUCUUUGCCAAGAAGGAGAUGAGGAUUCUGAUGGUUGGUCUUGACGCCGCCGGUAAGACGACCAUCCUCUACAAACUCAAGCUUGGCGAAAUCGUCACCACCAUCCCUACCAUCGGUCAGAUCUCUCUUCACUCUGCUUUUUGGUACUUUUGACUUCCGGUAUCUGUUAUUUUGUUUCCCGUCAAAUGAUGGAAACCGUAUUUGUCUGAGAUGCUACGUUGGAGAUCUAGCCUGAAUCUGAUGUCUCGUUGCGUUCCCUUGUCCUGUAUUCCUCUGACACGGUUCUGCUACUGUUAUAUCUUGGUUUCUGUUCAUUUUGGGAACUGUAUCGUAUUUUUCUUGGAGUUUAGUGAUUUCCAUGUGUGUUCUUAACUUACGGAUCUAAUUUUUGUUUUUACACCAUCUUAAUAUUCCGGUGUAUGCCUGAUGUUGCGUUUUGCAUGAGUAGGAAUGACGUUUAUGGAUAGCUAAUGGCUUGUGAUGUUGUACUCGUUCGUGAUAUUGUGGACGUUUUGAUCACAAAUCCUUCUGUUAAGAAAAAAAGAUAAAAAAACAUGAGAAUGAUAUGAUCCCCUCGAUCCGAUUAUAUACAGGAAGAUGGUACCCUCGUUGGUAUCAGACACAUCCUCUACUUCAAUUCUUUUUAUGGAAACGAUGUUAAAAAAACGUACAAAAAUAUAGUCCCUACUUAUAUUUAUAUUUUACUAAAAAUGAAAAAUGGACUGCGUCGUUUGGAUUCGUCCUCUGUUAAAUUUCCAAACACGUAAAGACUCGCCAAAAUAAGGGAAACAUUGAUUUUUUUACAACUUUGCUCCAAAGGAAUAUUAUAGAUGCUCUGAACGUAUCUUAAACAAAAAAAAUUGAGAGCAGCACGAGGGAAAAAUAUGGCCAAUGGUUGAAAAAAACUUGAACUUGAUAUAAACUCUGCAGGGAUACUUAUGAUUGUCAAGUAGCUAUUAAAAAAAAGGAAAAGUAAGAAAUUAUAAUACAAUUGGUUUUUCUUUUCUUGGCCUACACAUUCAAAGGAGAAGGAUAGUUGUGGAAGAUUUUUGACAUUUCAUUCUAUUAACAAUCUCAUCCUUGGAGCAUGAUUUGUACUCUAGUUUUGUAUAGAAUGACAUCAUUGUCAAUAUGUGCGUUAAUUUGGUACUUGCUGACAAUUUAUUGUAGGCCCUAUUGAGAUUUUGACAAAAUUCUGUGGUUUGGAGACAGUAACUAGUGCCGAAGAUAACUCUUGAUUGAGAACCCGCAACCUCUCCAAGUCUUAUUAAAUCUCCUGCCCUAAACAUUAUUGUCUUUACUGAUUUGUUGCUAAAUGUUUCAUUUUAGGACACAUCUUUGUUGUUUUAUAUCAAGAUUUUAUGAUGCGGGGUAGAUAUUUUCCAAGAAUUUUCUAAAACCACCCACGAUCUUUGAUCUGGUGUUUUCAUAUUUUCUACUGUAGGUUUUAACGUAGAGACUGUGGAGUAUAAGAACAUUAGCUUCACUGUAUGGGAUGUUGGUGGUCAGGACAAGGUACGUUCUUUAUUUAUGCUGAAUAAGAUAGCCUUUGCAUUUAUCCGAUCAACAUCUAUGUUCAAUGAAGUACUCAUUUCGUUAUAUUUCUGGAAAGGGUCCGUGAAGUACUCUAUUUAGAUUUGUAAUUUUAUAUUCAUUAACGAAUCGGCCAGACAUUUUUGCUUCCACGAAUAUCUCAGAUUUCCCCAUGAAAUCAGCACAUGGUACUCCUUUCUAAUGCUGCUGAUGGCGACCUUGGCCCUUAAACAGAUCAGGCCACUCUGGAGGCACUAUUUCCAAAAUACACAAGGCCUUAUUUUUGUCGUGGACAGCAAUGAUAGGGAUCGUGUGGUUGAGGCAAAGGAUGAACUCCAUCGGAUGCUGAAUGAGGUAAAUACAUCUCCCUGCGGAUGCCUGAGCUCUCUUUCCUCGUGAUAAAAAUGAUUUGGAAAUCACCAUUCAGGAUCUUGUAGAAAUGCUCAAUCAUAUCGAAUAUAGUGUGAUUGGGAUGCUUACCGUCAAUGAGAAAUAAAUGGUUUAACUUGUGAAUAAUAAACAAUAAUUAGGUAUCCAUGAAUUUCCAUGUUAUUUAAGGUGUAACCUUAAAACAGCGGAUGUCUCCUAAAGUUUCGGAAUGAAAGCUUUCUGAAAGGUUAUUUGACCAUGCAGGAUGAGUUACGAGAUGCUGUUUUGCUCGUAUUUGCUAACAAGCAAGAUCUUCCCAACGCAAUGAAUGCUGCUGAAAUCACGGACAAGCUUGGUCUGCACUCCCUACGACAGCGGCACUGGUGA